AUGGAAGGAAUAGAUAAUCUCUUCAACGAAAUCAGAGAUGCUGGCGAGUUUUAUGCAAGGUACAAGUCCUUUCUCGACAAGAAGGCUGGACUAGAGAAGGAGUUGGAUCGUAUAGAAGAAGAGAUAAAAAGGGUUGACUCUAUGAGUCUAGAAAGAGAAAUAAAAAAGACUACAAAUGAAUACCAAGGUGUCCUUGAGAAUAUCGAGAGGCUUUCUUUGAACUCUAAGGAAUGUAAAACCAUAGAGGACCUGGAGGUGGUUUUUUCUAAGGUCUCAGAUACAGAUGUGUUGAUGAAGAAAUCAUUAGAGUUUCUCAAACACUCAGCCAUUCUUAAGUGUAUAGACCCGGCAUGUGAAGAAGUGGCAAAGGAACAAGAAAGUGAGAAUGGAGAUGGAUUGAUAAGGUUUGAAAUAAGUAAAGACAUAGAGAAUCUUUUUCAGCUUUCUGCAAAAUAUACCAAAAUACAAGAAAGAUGUUAUCUUUCAUUCAGGUUGAUUAUCUGCGAGAGUAUUCAGGGAGCCAUUCCUGCAGACAUAAAGGUUUUUCAGGAUGACCGAUCAUUAUUUUUUGUGCACAAGGACAAUGAUGGGGAGCCCUCUUUUCAUAUGCUUGAGGAGAAGGUCGUGGUAGAUCUAAAGGAAAUUUCAAGAUACAAGAUGAUGUCGCAUGCAAUAUUUGGAGUCUUGAGAGACAAUCUAAGAAAGAAGGUUGUGGAAAAAAACCUUACGGAUGAAGAGGUCGAAAGAAAUAACCUUUUUUUCAAGGACACGGAGUUUUAUAUUCAUAAUGUACCUGAAUGGAAACUCGACAUUGUUAUGAAGGAGAUAAUUGAGGUGACAAAGGGUCCAAGAAGUAUGGAAGCAGUCGAGACCUUCGAGACAUCAGAUAGAAUGCCAAAGUCUGUUUCCGCUAGCUAUAAAAGGUUUCAAGGAUGCUUCGAGAUGUUUAGGAGAUUGAGGUCGAAAAGACAUGAGAAAGGGGUAAAGGUCAUCAACAGAGCUAUAACAAAGUUAUUUGACCCAAAGAGGCAUGAGCCCUCUGUAUAUAGCUAUUUCCUUGAGUUUGCUGAUAUAACACAUUUUCUUCGAACUUAUCCUGGACAUCCUCUUACCGAUGAAUUGUCUAAAAGGAAGGAAGAACUGUUUUUUGAUGUUGUUAAAGAGUCCUCUCGAGUCAAUGUAGAACUGGUAGAGCCUUUGGUAACUCUUAAGCUGUAUUUUAAAGAGAAGCAUGUAGAGUUUUCUGAGAACAUGAGGCUAUUUGUGCCUGUGAUUAAUAGAAAUUUAUUUGAAAUUCAAUUUUUCGAAAUGCUUGAUGAAGGCUUGAUGGAAAGAAUUCGGGGACUAAAGAUUGCAAAAAGAAGCACUGUCGAGAACAUCAUUUUGUUAAUUGAUUAUAUCUUUGAUCUCUCGUUUCACCUCCCUACCGAGGCAAUAGGAAACCAAGAAAAGCUUAGAUCUUAUAAACAGGUUCUAUCCCUGGAUAGGGAGAGAUUAAUCAAAGAAUAUAGAGAUGGCAAGCUCUGUAUUUCUGAUGAGGAAUUUGUCUCUCUUUGCUCAUUAGCCUUUAGAGAGCCUGAGGAUAAAAUAUUUCUGCUAAGCAAAAUGUCAGAUUAA